CUAUGCACCCCCUCGAUGCCCCUCCGGGCUGCGAAACCCUCGCGGAGUCAGAGAGAGAGAGAAUUCCCCCUCCACCGAGAGACUCCGGCAGCAGCGGCCCUUUCUGCUCCCCGUCCCGUCCCGUCCCCCUCCCCCGCAUCGGUUCGAAGGGAGGGAGGGACGGAGAGGAAGCGCAUGGCUUGGCAAGGCGAGGCGGUGAUGCUCUAGGGGCGGAGGGAGAGAUCCCGCCGCCGCCCUCCGGGAGAGCCUUUGGGUCAGGAGGGGCCGCGGGGGGAGGGGAAAGGCGGGGCAGACCGUGCCGGCGGAAGUGCGUCAUCAUCGCCCACCAGGCGGGAGAUUCAAAGCUUGUGGCGGCAGGAGCAGGAGGAAGAGGAGGGCGCAGCUCAUCAUCUUCAAGCAGUGAUGAUGAAUUUGAAAACUUUUUAUCUCGAAUGAAGACCCCCAAGCUUGCCACAUGCUGCACUCCAAGGAUGCAAAGGAGCGGAACCAGGACAAUACUUGAGGCCCAGGGACUGAUGGAUUCCCUGAUCACUCCUAAUUACAGCAUCUCUUCCACCUCCUUUUUGAUCUCAUUCAAAACUUUCCCAUUCACACGACUGGAUGAUUCCAAGGAAGAUUUCUUUGGGUAUCUCACAAGCAAGUAUGGAUCUGGCAAAAAAGGACCAAGGCCUGUUCAGGUGCAGAAGGUACCUGGGUUGUCUGGAAAGGAAGCCUCUUGCUCUCUGUCUUUGUUGUCUCCGUUAGUGUUCAGUGACAGUGACGAUGAUUCAGUCUUUGUCAAAGAUACACCAAGGCAUCCCCAUCAGCCCAGGCAAAUGGACCACUACCAAAAGAGGACUUGGAAGGGCACGCCAACACCUGCCUGUUCCCAGAAGGAUCCUGUUGCACCCAGGGACAGACCAGAUUCUUCCUUGAGUGAGGGAGAAAGGAGUUCCACACCAGAGAAUGCCAAGGGUAUAAUCCAGAGCUGUCAGCUGAGAGCAGAUGCAGUGCUGGGAUCAGAUACCUCAGACGAGGAGAUUGACAGCCUCAUUGUGCGUGUUAAGCAAAGAAUGGUCUUUUCUGCAAACGGGAAGAGCAGUGCUGAAGAGAGAAAGUUCAAGCCUUCCCUUGGAAGCCGCCGCACAGCUGCGAAGAGUGAGAGUUCCCUUCCCAUGUGUCCGAGACCUCCUGCUCCCGACAUGCCGAUUUCUGCACCAGUUCCCAAGAGCAAGGUGCUCAGUGAUGUCACCCUGUUGCACCAGACACAGGCGAGGAAUUUGUGCCAGGUCCAGGGCUGCUUCUUGCAAGAGCUGUCAGACCCAGAAUCCCAGCAAUCAAAGCAUUUCCAGAGAAAAAAGGAGGAGCUGGGACAGAACCUCUAUGAUUUUUAUAACAGUUCUGUGUUUGAGCAUCAGUUGCCAGAGAAAAUGGAGAUUGUCUGGAAUAAAAAGAUGCGGAAAACAGCAGGGUGCUGUGUGACUGGCCAGCUGAAGGGCCCUGAGGGGCAGCGCUAUGCCCGGAUAAUGCUGUCAGAGAAAGUCUGUGACUCUGCAGAUCGACUUCGGGACACUCUGAUCCAUGAACUAUGCCAUGCAGCCACAUGGCUAAUCCACGGCGUCCGAGAUGGCCACGGCCGAUUUUGGCGAUUAUAUGCUAAGAAGUCUUCUGUGGUCCACCCAGAGCUCCCGGUGGUGUCACGGUGCCACAACUAUGAGAUCAAGUACAAGUUCACCUAUGAGUGUGCUCAGUGCAAAAAUACGAUUGGGCGCCACUCAAAAUCUCUGGACACGCAGCGCUUUGUUUGUGCUCUCUGCAAGGGGCAUCUUGUGCUGUGCCAGCCCGUGCGCAAAGAUGGUACACCAGCUAAAGCAUCGCUCACUCCGUUCGCAGCAUAUGUGAAAGAAAACUAUGGCUCUGCUAAGCGGUCUCAGCAGGGGCUGAACCAUGGAGCCAUCAUGAAGAAACUUGGUGUGGACUUUGCCGCCCAGGGGUCUCUCCUCAGUGUUUGACUUUCUCCCACUCUAGUCAAGGAUUGGUGCAGCAGCCCCAGAUCCAUUGCUUUAUGUGGCGCUUCCCUUCCCAAGAAGGAAGCAGCGCCCUGUGCAGUGUCUGCCCAGCAGCAACAGGGCACUUGGCCCAUCUUCCCUGAAACUGCCAGAGCUGUUUUUUUAUUUUCCCUUCUCUCUCUCCCCCCCCCCCCCUCAGCCCAUGCUUUUACUAACCCUUUUGUGUCUGAUCUCAUUUGCCCAGGGCAUCUACUCAGGUUUUAUAACACACACUAAGCUACGAAUAAAGUGAACUGUUUCUGUGUUC